UCAAAAAAAGAAAAGCAACAACAGCAACAACAGCAACCAUCACAAAAACAACCCAUCAAUUUACCAAUAUUAAAAUUAAACAUUAAUGUCCAUCCAAAUUCAAAAGAAAAUCAAAUAAUAUCUUUCGAAAAUGAAAUUUUAUCUUUAAGAAUAUCAGAACCACCAAUAGAUGGGCAAGCCAAUAAAGGGGUUGUUGAAUUUUUAUCAAAAGAAUUGGGGCUUAGAAAAAGUAAUAUACAAGUUUCAAAAGGUUCAAAGUCCAGAAAUAAGUCAAUUGAAAUCGAUUUAGAAAGUGAAUCAAUUACAAAAGAUGAAUUAUAUAAUAAAAUA